UCUAGUGCUAUUGUUCUAACAAGAUCUUGUACUCCAAAGACACCCACCCUAAGUAGGAGUGUUUUGCAUGACCCCACAGCCGAGAACCCAAUGAGCCACCUGUGGCCUGAGCUUCCAGAGAGUCCCAUGCCACCGCCUCUGUUGAACUCUACAUCCCUGGUCAAUGCUUUUAGCUACACGCCCGUUCCUUCAGACCCACCCAAGAAAAAGGACGUGAAACCUUCUGCAGACCAUCAGAAUGAGUUGAAUGCCCCUCCAGUUUUCGGAAAUGGGCCUUUACAGGAACAACUAAGACAAAUGGCUGAACUGUUGAUGGUUGCUUCAGGAAAGAUGGUUGUUCCUGCUGCAGCACCAGAGAAUCACCAAAAUGUUUCAGUGGGCACUUCUCCAGUAUCAACGCGCAGUGUUUGUGUGUGGAGCACACCAGUUCAGCGAAUGGAGCGCAGUGUUAAUACUUCAGGAACAAUGGAGAUUUGCAAACAGGCUGAUGUUUCUGAUGCUAGCACUUCAACAGACUCCCUUUUAUGGAAUUUGUCUCCUGGAAAUCUGGAGCAUCUGUCUAGAACUGAAUUGGAGCAGAGGUUGACCUCUACGCUCAUCAUGGUGGAGGUUCUUACCCAACAGCUCACUUCUUCUCGGGCUCAUAAUCCAAGCAAAGAUGCUUCUCCAUCUGAUCUCAGAGAAAAGCUCAUCCAGACAGACCACACUGAGCUCAGACAGAAUGGGACAUACAGAGAUUUAUAUGGGACUGCCCUGGAGAGAAUUCAGUGUCUUGAGUACGAUCAGGAGAUUCUUCACAGUCUGUAUAACAGCAUUCAAGCAAUGAGGGUUGGACUGAUCUCAUUUAAGUCAAGCACAGAGGAUGCCAUCCUCAAGAUGAAACAGAUUGGAGAUACUGUUAAUGUCGAUCAGGAAACUUUAUCUAGACAGGCCAGUCAGAUGAAGUCUCUUUAUGGGAGGUAUAAGGUAACACUUCAAAGAAUGGAGGAGAAGAUGAAAGACAUGAGGAAGCGUAUGGAUGCGGCACUAGAGGAGAAGGAAGCUGCCUUCAGCGUAACCCAGCAGUUGAGGGACCAUCACAUUUCCCAGGUGGCUGAACUAGAGGACACAAUUGGGUCUCACCAGGAACUAAUGUCAGCACUCAAACUGGCCUACCCACCACUGGUUGAACUGAGCAAGUCAUAUACAGAAUCCAUCAGUGCAGCAAAUGUCCAUUCGAAAAGGAUGCAAGAGGAUAACAAAAAUUGUUUUUAA